CCCACGCCACCCUUUUAAAUAAAUACUGUCGUAUGGGUAAUAAUCCUACAUCAUACAGUAAAUAAAAUAAAUGUGUGGAAAAAGUAAAGACAAUUAUUUGUGGGUUCUUAUCAACACCACGAUCAAAUAGUGUAAUAUUGUUAUACUGAUAUAUUAGUGAAAACUAGAUAUAUUACGUUGGCUUUUCUGCUUUCCACUUAUCCCUCCUUAGUGGAGUCGAGAUGUACGGCUGUUAUUUUUCCUCUUUCAAAGCGCAUGAAUGCAUGUAUGGGAGAUGUAUGCAUGGUCUACAAUUGAUGGCUGAAAGGAAGAGAAAAAUGUGGGAGCUGCACAUGCUUACGGUGCCUUGGGCUCCCUCCUUAGUGGAGGAAUAUUUUUGUAUGUCAUGAUGGUGUUUGUUGCAAUGAUGGGAAGACAUCAUCAUUUGUCUUUAAUGAUGCUGUCUUGGGGAGCCUUUUGACUGGCCAUCAUUGUGGCUCUUCUAGCAUGUAUGUGGGCUGUUUUUGGGGGGUGAAAAACAGCCUUCCUUUUUAUGGUAACAACAGGGGCCUCGGCGAAUCGUGGAAGAUCGAGGAAUCAGGGCCGUCGAUGAUGUUGAUAUCUUCCUUGGGGAAGAGAUUGAAGGCUCUGAUGAGCUCCUGCGCGUGUACGGACGGGAAGCUGGACUUGGCGAGGCUCAGAGGGUUUGUGAGCUUUGAUGCAGAUCUUUGUUCUUCGUUGGUUUUCAGAUUCUCAAGAUGCAGAUCUUUGGGUUGACACUUACAGGGAAGACCAUUCCCCUUGAAGUUGAGAGCUACGACACCAUAGACAAUGUCAAGGCAAAGAUUCAAGACAAAGAGGGAAUUCCACCAGACCAGCAGAGGCUUAUAUUUGCUGGAAAGCAACUAGAGGAUGGUAGGACCCUUGCUGAUUAUAACAUCCAGAAGGAAUCCACCUUGCAUCUUGUUCUCCGUUUGCGAGGUGGUAUGCAGAUCUUUGUUAAGACCUUGACUGGCAAGACCAUCACUCUUGAUGUGGAGAGCUCUGAUACCAUAGACAAUGUGUUUUGUGUUUUUGUUUGGCUCUGUCCUGGGGUUUUCUAGAGAGAGGUUAGAAGGCCUCUCUGACUCUUCAAAAGAUGGGAUUUUGAGAGAGAGACAGAGGGGAUUUUGGUGUGGGAAGUUGAAACUCCUUGGACUUGUAUGGUUAGAGCUUCGUGCUGAUAACGUGUUAUAAAUCUAGAGAAAUUGGAGAGGGAAUUGAGAUGGAGAGAAGGGAGUAGAAGCUGAUUUCUCUUCUCAUUUCUGUAUGUCAUUACAA